AUGGAUCUUCGACACUAUACCAUUCCUUCAUCUUCGCCCAUUCCUCCUCCUGCCUCCCAGCCCCCUCUUCCUCACACCCGAUCUAUCAGACUCCCGUCUUCGUCCCCUCCUCCUUCUGCCUCUCCAAAUAUCCGCUCCGACUCAGAAGGUCGCGAAAGAAAGCGCCGACGAACUAUUCGUGGCGCAGAUUCCGAGACUCCCGAGUUCAUUGACUCCGAGGAAGAACAACCGGUCGAAUCAAUCGACCUGACAGAAGUCGACAAACCUUCGGCUCUUGACAAAGCUUUGGCCAAGCAACGAGAGGAUGCGGUCAAGGCUCAGCAUGACGGAGAGUCGGAGAAGGCGCGGUCACUACUGACUGCUUACAAGUGUCCUGUGUGCAUGGACACGCCGGAGGAUGUGACGACCACGGUUUGCGGGCAUCUCUUCUGUCAUCGGUGCAUCAUUGAUACUUUGAAAUUCAGCGAGCAACAGCGGGCGGAUUCCGCCACCAAAGGGCCCCGAGGGACAUGUCCUGUGUGUCGGAAACCUCUGGCUCGGAGGGACGAAGCAGGGCCAAAGAGGAGCUUGAUUCCCCUUAAACUUCAGCUCACGAAACGAAGUCGAACCUCAGUACCAGCGGAUGCGUAA